AGUCAAACCGCGAGAGAUUGGGUCAGAUUAGUUAAAAUAAAUGGCGGACGAAGACAGCUGUGAUCGUGACAGUCCCGAAAGUUUGAAAAAGAAAAUAUCAAAACGGAGCCUCAGAAGACUACAGGUUACAGCUGCCAAAAAGCUGAGAUGUAAUGUAUGUCCCAACAAAAGGUUCACUUCUCUUAAGAUGUAUGAUGACCACAUGGCGUCCAAGAAGCACAGAAAGGUUAAAUUACAGAACAAUUCCGAGGGAGCGUGGGUUUGCCAGGCUUGUGAGCUUGUGCUGACCUCUCAAUCUGAAUGGGUGAAGCACCUCUGUGGUCGUCGACACCAUUUCAAACUUAAGGAGUGGAGUUUAAAACUCUUCCCAACUUCAUAUCCAGUCAUUCAAAAAGAAAUAGAUUUGUUAGAUGACUCUUGUUAUGAAGAGACAGAGGACAAUGACAUGGAGACAAUUGAUAAUAAAGUGGGGAAAGUGACUCUAGAAAUCAAUUUUUAAACAGAAGAUCAAUGGAAAUAAUACAUCCUGAAAUGGAAUGAUUGAAGGUAUUGUCACAGAGAAAGACUCCUUCCAAUCCUCAGAAGGAUCCCUAGUUUUAGCUUCUUGCUCUCUUCUCCUCUGUUAUGAUUUCAUACAAAUGUAUAAUUUGUGUGAAACUUUGUUGUUUGAUGCUCACUGCAUCCUGACUUGGAGCAAGUUUGGAAAAAGAGAAGUAAGAUGUCAACAACUCAUGAAAGUUAAACCUUUCCACCCAAACAUCAAUAUGCAUAUUCUCCAUACUUGUCUCUAUACUUUUCCCAAGGUGCUGUCAAUGAGAAUUUGUUUAACAAUCAAGAGCUGCUUAUGUUGGUGAUCAUUUCCUUUAUUCUCAUGACCUUACUGUGUGAUUCAGUCUCAGAAGCUGGUCACUCUUCAGGGCCAAAGAAAGAAUACACUGAACACUUAAAAGUUGCAGCAAGUCAGCAAAUCAGACCUGCUGCACUGAGAACUGUGUAUUUCAUCAGGAAAACUCUGACACAAUAUUUAAGAUCAGAGCGUUUCUAGUAUUCUACUAUUGUCUUUGUAGUCGAUUUUCCUCUUCAUCUUUUCCCAGACAACGAAGAUUUUAGGGUUAACAGAUGAGGGACAUGUUUAUCCCAUAUUGGCCAAGCUUGUUUGGCAAGGCUCCAUUUUUUUUGGUUGUUUCUUCGUUUUUUCGCAUUCUUGUCUUGUUACGUUUUAGGGUUCGAGAUGAAGUCAAGGUAUAAACGAUAUUGUUACUGGCUUACUAGGAACUAGAAUAAAGAACGAGGCUAUAUUCAGCAAUUUUGAUCGAGAAAAAGCUGAUUAAAUGAGGGAUUUCGCGAUUCCAUGUUUUAAAAAACUGACGGAAACUCUUUUCCCGUAACAGAAAAGGAUCACCACAGUUAUGACAUGAGUAAACCGGCCACAAUUUCUUGAACAUGGAUAUAUUUUCUUUUUGAAAGAUCAGAGAUUCAAUCCCAACACCCCAAGCGCUCGGCCGGGUAGCCGAACAAAGGUUCGUCUCACUGCACAUUCACGUGCGCUGAGGGUGACCUAGUAAGUUACACUGUUGGCUUGCAUAUGUGGCUAUUGCAGUGGAUCGUGCCAUGAAAGCGAGCUGCAAAUCAGUGAGAAGAGUGGGGCAAAUCGAUGCUUCACCGCUCGUUUUCGCGAUUUUGUCGCCUUAACUAUUGACCAGUCAAUACGAAAAGGAGAGUUUUGCUUACCGGCUUAACUGUCUGUGUUCUUUUGAGAAAAACCGAGAGAAGUUCAGUGCUCUAAGGACAAAUACACCUAUUUGUAAUUUAGGACAGGACUCGGUAAUUCUAAGUUCAAGGACACCUGAGGAACAUAAUUUCGUGCUGAAAAUGAUUAAUUGACAGAUGACCUGAACUGAGGGCAAACUUUGAUCUCGGAAGUUGUUAAUCUUAUUUUGAUCCACGUGCACAAUUGAAAAAAGGCUCAAAUGUCAGAUGGGUCGGUUGAUAGGCCGGUCACCCUCGUUAACAGGGCCCCCCUAGGAUCACGCGAGGUUGUUUCUGAUCUCAUAAGGCUUUUCUUCUCUCAUUAACCUUCUGUAGAGCUUCGAUUGUUAUCUGAGGAAGUUCAUAAAUUUUAGCAAAACUUCCCGAUGAAUAUCCCGGAAAACUAAGUCAUUGAAUACCAAGGCAAGAUGAAACUGGAUGUAAUUUAAUCGCGAAGCGAAAAGACGAGAACAGGGGUUGAGAGGGUAGGGAGAAUGCUUUUGUAGAAAAAAAGUGAAAUCGUUUAAACGAGCAACGAUGAAACAACCUGCUAUGCCAUCAAAUGCCAAUGAAAUGCUGGGUUAGGAUGAGGCCUCCCCCACUUCUGACUACUUAAGCACUUUUGAAGACUAAACGCAUCUCUAAGGCCUAAUAACUGUUGCAACGAAAGCUUGCACGACCCUUGCACCCGCAUUAGAGAAGAGACUGACACUGACGACCAUCUAAUUGGCCUUUCACCGACUCCUGGUUAGUGUCUUUAUUGACACUGAUGAGGGCAAAUGAUACAGGCCGUAAACCCACUCUAUAUAGUUAUCUGAUGCUCGUGUUUUUUUUUCCUUAAUCGCAAAAGGUCCUCAGGUUGGCGUAUCAGAUCACCGUGCCAGGUAUUGUUAUCUGAGAAAGAUCUCCUAAAGAUUACAUCGUAAAUCUUUGUUGAGCCAUUUCCCCUUCUCUUCACAACUUGAGCUUGUCACAUUGUGUCAAGAGACAUCUCCGAGCCUUCCUAGAAUUGACAGUAUAACUAAUCAACGAAUAAUAAAAUCGUGUGUCAAGAGGAUUUUGGUUUACCUAAAGGGAAUAGUACCAUAUCCACUUUUUUUCAGUCUUGUCAAAACAAUCACACUGAUGCUUCACCCAUGAAAGGUUGGAGAAAAUUACAGAAAAGAGCCUAACACUGUCAACAGGAAACUUGAUACCCUGAUUUUUACAAUAGAAAGGAAUCCUGUCUACUUUUGAUCAUUUUUAAUCAUUUUUUCUUCAUCAAUCUUGCUAGAGCUCGCAGAAAAACACUUCUCGGCUUCUCAAAGACUUGUGCUCCUUCGAAGAAAUAAAAUCCGUGUCAUUACUGCUACACUUCCGAGGCUGUAGUAUAUCUGUGCCUCUACGACAGCUCGAUGUCCUCUGUUUCUUGGUUCCAGUCAUCGACGGGGAAGAAGCGCUGGCUCCUCUCCCGAAUAGCGGAAUCGAGUCUUCCACGUGAAGUGCUCUGACGAGAGUCAAAACGGCUGCCAGAGUUGUAACACGAGGCUGAUAGGGGUACUAGUUAAUGUUUCAUAAUCAGGACGCUGGUCCAUUGCAAACUAUCCUAGCAACUCAUCAAGUUCCCGACAGUUCUCUGCACUCUGGAUGGAAAGAAGUACGAUGAGGAAAACCCCGCCUGAGAGCACAGCCUUAAUAUCUACAACAAGUUUGAACUCUGUAUUCAACCAUUUGUAUCGCCAACCAUUGUUGGGAACGAACACUGGUUUUUGUUUGUCAAUGGCUCAUGCAUUAGCAUUUUAAAUUUUUUCGCGAAAUUCAGUUACCGCGAAAAUUUAAUCGACAGAAAAAAGAAAGAUACAUAACGUCACUUAAGUCUA